AAGAGUCUCUUACGAAAUAAAUCAAUCGAAACCACUAUAUAAACGCAGAAUUUUUAACUUCCUACCAAAACCAGCAAUGCUCCCACUAAUAAUCCUAGCUCUUGUGAUCACCGUUAAUGGUGCCCCACAUUUUGACGGCAGAAUCGUCGGUGGAAGAACAGCAACCAUCGAAGAAUACCCUUACCAAGUAUCCUUACAUUACUAUGGCUUCCAUAUUUGUGGCGGCUCUAUUAUAAGCCCGGUCUAUGUCAUAACAGCGGCUCAUUGCACCAACGGAAACUUUGAUAUGGCCCUAACUGUGAGAGCUGGAUCCAGCGCCCCGAACAGAGGUGGUCAGGAAAUAACGGUGAAGAAAGUCUACCAAAACCCACUUUUUACGGUUAAAACUAUGGAUUACGACAUUUCCGUUUUGCAUCUUUUCAACUCGAUUGACUUUAGUUUAUCGGCGCUGCCAAUUGGGUUAGCUCCACGUAACUACAAAGUUUCCCUCGGUACUAACGUCACGGUGACCGGCUGGGGGUUGCUGGCUGAAGAGGGCGAAAGUCCGGACCAGCUACAAGUCGUGGAAAUUCCCUACAUCACGAACGAAAAGUGCCAAAAAGCUUAUGAGAAGGAGGAGAUGACGAUCAGCGAGCGGAUGCUUUGUGCUCAAGCCGAGUUCGGCGGCAAGGACUCGUGCCAGGGCGAUUCCGGCGGGCCUUUGGUGGCCGACGGCCUCCUGGUCGGCAUCGUGUCCUGGGGCUUCGGCUGCGCACGGCCCGAGUACCCCGGCGUGUACUCGCGCAUCUCCGAAUUCCGCGAUUUCAUCAAAAAUGUAACACAGUUGUAAUCUCAACACUUUAUUGUAAACAAAAUAAAUGUGCGACUUAA